AUGAGGGACUUUUUUAGAGAUUUUGAAGGUUAUCAAGUGUUUUUUUUUGUACACCUCUACCUCCACCUACUUUCCCCCAAAUCUUUUCAGCUCCCUCUCACAGUUCUCUCCAAAAUCUGCGAAUAUCUUCAUUUCUACUUUAAAUCGUUCUCCACCGGCACCACCUCGUCUCCAUGGCCACCACCGGCACCACCUCGUCUCCACGGCCACCACUGUCACCACCUCUUCUUCUCGUGCAAAAUAAGGAAAUAUGUUUUCUUUGUGGUUUGUAUUUCUUUACUUGAUGGCGGAUGUGAUGCCCCGAGGACACGGGGGAGACGGAGCUGGGGAUCCACCAAAUCCGGAUCCUUUUCGGAGAGGGACGCACGAGACAGACGCGGUUCCCCCAAGGAGAGUAAGGGGGAAAGCAAAAAAUCAAAAGCUUCGCAGGAUGGUCAAAGCGGGGGGGGGGGGGUAUCUCUUACAUUCGAUAGGGAUGUAACGUAUACCCCCGUUGGUGAACCGAGCGACUUAUUUUCACGCGAGGCGGGUUUGUACAUGUGGCGGACCAUCCCUUUCGAUAGAAUGGGUUGGGGGAAAGUUCCGACUCCUUAUAAGGAUACCGUCAUGAACCACCUAAAGGAGAAUUUCAAUUUCGAUGAAGUUGAACAGUAUUUGGAGGCGCGCGACUUAAAAGGCGGCAUUAGACAAGUUCUUAUGAAGCGGUACUCCGACCGCAAGAACUACGCUCAGAGAGAAUUUCGUGAUAAUGGAGGUUAUGACGAUGUCGAAAGUGCAAGGGCACACCACCCCAAGGAUAUGCCUUAUGACAACUGGUUGAGAACCAUUGAUCACCUCUUGGACCCCAAAUAUAUUGCAAGAAGUGAGGCAAACACAAGAGUCUGCCAACUUCAAAAAUUCCCAAACCGUAGGGGUACAUCAUCAUACAGUAGCACCGCCUACAAAAAUGUUUGAAACGUCUUGAUACGUACCGCAAAACUCACACCGAUAAAGAUGGGAAUUUUGUUGACCCGGUAGCUGAGCAGAAUUAUCUUAAUCUAGAACGCGAGAUUAUGGGCGGAGAAAGCGGCAGUUCUCAACCGCCGAAUGAGGCUGCCGUGUUUCAAAACGUUUUGGGUGAUCGACGAGGAUGGUUCCGGGGGCUUGGGCCUAAACCUUCGAAUACGCCAUCGAACCCGUUAAGUGCGCAACCUCAAACCGCACAACCCUUUCGGAGGAAUACGUUUCGACUUUGUUCCAAAGUCCGGCAUUCGUAAACCAGCUUGAAUCCUUUCUUGCGGCGAGGGGAAAGCAAGUCGCACCCGACGAUGAGUAUGACGAUGAGUAUGACGAUGACGACCUAACCUGAAUCCUUUCUUGCGGCUAGGGGAUAUUAUUAUUAUUGUACGGAUAUUUUAGGAUGUUAUUGUACGGAAAUGUUUUAUACGA